AUGACCAGCGAAGCAACAACCAUGGCGGCGCACAGCAGCAGCAAGAUCCCGCUCACCCUCAUCGUCGCCGCCACGCCCUCGCUCGGCAUCGGCAAGAACGGCACCCUGCCCUGGCCGCAGCUCAAGAAGGAAAUGGGCUACUUUGCGCGCGUCACGAAGCGCGUGGUCUCGGGCACUGCCGCCACUUCCGCCAGCCCGCUCGCUGCUACUACUACUCGGAACGCCGUCAUCAUGGGCCGCAAGACCUGGGAGUCGAUCCCGCCCCGCUUCCGCCCGCUGAAGGACCGCGUCAACGUCGUCGUGUCGCGGACCCCGGCGAAGAUUCCGGGCAUACCUCCUCCUGCUCCGACCGCUUCUUCCACGACAGCAGCAGCAGGAGAAGAACAAGCAGACGACGACGACCCGGCCACCACACCCAUCGCCGCGUCCUCGCUGCCGGAGGCGCUGGAGAAGCUGGGCUUGCUGCAGAAGAGGGGCGUGCUGGGGAGGGUGUUCGUCAUCGGCGGCGCGCAGCUGUACGAGGCGGCGCUGCGGCUGGAAGAGGCGCGGUAUGUGUUGCUGACGCGCGUGUGGCGGGAGUACGACUGCGAUACCGUGUUCCCGGUUGACGUGGUGGGGCCGGAGGGGAAGGGUGGGAGCGGGUGGGUGAGGAGGGCGAAUGGCGGCGAGGGCGGGUUGAGUGAGUUUGUGGGCGAGGAUGUGCCUGAGGGAAGGGUGAAGGAGGUGGUGAAGGGGAAGGAGGGGGAGGCGGAUGACGAGGUGGAGUUUGAGUUCUGUUUGUUUGAGAAGGCUUAG